CACAGUGACCGAGUUCCGCUGUCACAACAGAUAAUACAACAACAUGACUGACUCAGGGCCAAAGAUCAAACUAUUCAAGUUUUUAAAGAUUACUAUUUGCAGCCUACUCAUCACAGUACUGGUGUUAGGCACUAUAGCGUCUAUCAGGACUGUUUCGCUGGACGUAAAUGUCGGACUUCAGCUGGCACACUGGGAAAAGACGAAUAACAUCUCUCUUGUGAUAGACCAGCAGCAGAGAGAGGAGCUACUUGCUAAUUUUAAAGAGGCUGUACGGAUCCCCACUGUGUCAUUCAGUGGGACGGACAUCAACACUACUGCGCUGCUUCAAUUUGACAAGCUCCUACGAAAAGCUUUCCCAACAGUUUUCUCCUCAAGCUUGGUUCAUCAUGAAUUGGUGGCAAACUACAGUCACCUGUUUUGGGUGCAAGGGUCGCAACCUGACUUGGUGCCAUACAUGCUGCUGGCCCAUAUUGAUGUAGUACCUGCCUCAGAGGCAGAUGGCUGGGAGGCCCCACCAUUUUCUGCCAAGGAGAUAGAUGGCUUCAUCUAUGGUAGAGGGACCAUAGAUGACAAGGGCGCUCUGAUGGGAAUCCUUCAGGCCUUGGAGUACUUGCUAAUUAAAGGCUAUAAACCACGCAGAGGAUUUUACAUUGGCCUUGGUCAUGAUGAAGAGGUCAGUGGUUAUAAGGGGGCACUGAACAUAGUAAGCCUUUUGAAGCAGCGUGGUGUGCGACUGUCAUUUGUCAUGGAUGAGGGCCUAGCAGUGCUUGAUGGAGUCAUCUCUGGUCUUGAGGGACCUGCUGCCCUUAUCGGAAUAAGUGAAAAGGGCUCAGCUACUGUAAAGCUGAGUGUGUCGAUGCUCCCUGGUCACUCCUCCAUGCCUCCCAAAGAGACCAGCAUUGGGAUCUUGGCUGCAGCAGUUAAAAGACUAGAGGAGAACCCCAUGCCGAGAUUAUUUGGUCAUGGACCUGAACGUGGAACUUUUGAACACUUGGCCCAUAAGUUCAGGCUCCCAAUGAAGUUCAUAAUGUCGAAUUUGUGGCUGUUUUCCCCACUCCUUGGCAGGGUACUGGAGAGAAAAUCAGACACUAAUGCGUUUGUAAGGACAACCACAGCAGUCACCAUGUUUAAUGCAGGAGUUAAGGUGAAUGUCAUCCCUUCCCUUGCUGAAGCUUAUGUUAAUCUAAGAAUCCACUCUGCACAGUCAUUAAAAGAGGUGCUGGACCUGAUCGAGUCUUCAGUAGGGGACCACCGUGUGAAGAUAGAGUUUAUUGAGGGGUUCGAUCCUCUCCCUGUCAGUUCCUUUGAUGAAACGUCUUUUGGCUUCCAGAUCAUUAAGAAAACUGUGUUGGACAUGUUUCCGACCAUUACAGUCGCUCCAGGUAUCUGUAUAGGUAACACUGACAGUCGACACUUCAAAGACCUGACCAAUGAUAUUUAUCGCUUUGCCCCUAUCUGGUUUAAACCAGGUGAUGCUCAGAGAUUCCAUGGCAUCAAUGAAAGGAUUUCCAAAAAGAACUACGAGGAGCUUGUACUAUUUUUCUUCAGUCUGAUUCAAAACUGUGACAUACAGAAGCUACCUGACCCUCAUAGCUCUGUCCAUGAACUCUAAGUAAUGGAUAGUACUGGUAACAAACCUAACAAAUGCAAUACAAAAGUCUGAAUUAUUGCAACAAGAGCACCAAACAAAACCACAACUUGUCUUACUCCUUUGUUACUAAAUUACAUGAACAAAAUAAGACGAUUCCUUGUCUUAUAAUGCCAGGUACAAUUUUCCACUGGCCUAUAAUCAAUGGAGUCUUUUUGGUCUCUUGUGAUCAAAUAAUCACAGAUCAACUAUGUCCAGCUUAUUUGCAUUUGUUAUAACAAUUUUGUGGCCACUGCUGUGAUGAUUUAACUUAAAACCAAGAUGGUAUAGGUUGAUCAGUAUUUUCUGGGCUGCUAAUAAUACUGAAUAAUAAUAAUAAUAAUAAUAAUAAUACCAGGGUUCCUAGGCAAGUAUGGAAAAGUAUGGAAAAUGAAAAAUAAAGUAUGGGAAAAUAUUUAUGCAUUUAUGCAAUUCACAAAAGGUGAUUCUGAGCCACAUUAAUGGGAAAAAGCACAGAUGUCUCGUUACUGCAUCGCAUGAGUGUGUGUGUGAGAGAGAGAGUGAGUGAGUGAGUGUGUGAGUGAGAGAGAGAGCGAGUGAGUGUUUUAGAGUUUUAAUUAAAUUAAAUACAUUGAACUUACCUGAGUUUUUAUUUGCAUGCCAUUAUGGUACUUGGCUACAUUCCCCUAUUAAGAAUAAUUAAAUAUGAUGUGAAAUAUGAUACACUGAUAUAUUUACUCAGAUGUCGCAUAUUCUCUGAAAAAAAAAUGUUGAGAAGUCUGGAAAUUAGGGUAUGGAAAAGUAUGAAAUUUUGAAAUUCCAAAUGUGUAGGAACCCUGUAAUACUUUAAAUGAUGAUGCACAUACCAUUUCAAUUAAAUUACAACAUGAGAAGCUGCUUACUGUGAAAAUAUUGAUUUGAUUGUAAUAUUAAAAAAUAUAUUUUGCUAUGUGUUCUUGUUGAAUCCAGUGCAUUAGUUUAUCUUUUAAAGAAUUCUGUAUCACUGAUGACAGAUUGAAAUAAAUCCUUUUU